AUGAAUUCCUGUGAAGAAUCAGAAUCAUCUGUUUGUGAUACUCUAGAUCUGAGUGGUCAAGGACUUAAAAAAUUAAGUCGGUGUCCGUCAGACGCAGAUAUUAAUACUUUAAUCGUAGACGAUAAUGAACUUCAAAGACUUGACAAUCUUGAUACUUAUCACAGAAUCACAAAGCUCUCUAUUGUACGCAAUCAGCUUUUACGAAUGUAUGGAGUAUCAAAAUUAUGUAAUUUGGUUACACUAAAUUUGGCUAACAAUGGAAUUUUAACAAUCGAAGGCAUCAAAGAUAUGCCAAAUUUAACAACUCUGUGCUUAGCUGGGAAUAAUAUUAAAUCCAUUGAGCAUCUGCAUACUAAUACAAAAUUACAACAUCUGGAUUUAUCUGAAAAUAGUAUCAGUCAUAUUUCUGAUAUUUCUUAUCUCAGAAAUUUAAAAGAGUUAUUUUUACACAAUAAUCGCAUAAUAACGUUACGACAAUCUGAAAGAUAUUUGCCAACAUGCUUAGAAACUCUAACAUUAGCUAACAAUAAUAUUACAGAUUUAAAUGAAAUGUCUCAUCUCAGUGGAUUGACGAACCUUAUUAAUUUUUCUAUUGCUAAUAAUCCUUGUGUUAGUUCUACAGUUUAUAGUGGUUUUGAUUAUCGUCCAUUUGUCAUCAAUUGGUGUAUGAGUCUCAAGUCAAUCGAUGGAUAUGCUGUAGAUCCGAUUGAAAGUUUAAAAGCUGAAUGGCUUUAUUCUCAAGGACGAGGCAGACAAUUUCGUGUUGGUGAGCAUUCAUUACUUACUCAAUAUUUAGCAUCUGUUUGUCCAUUAUCGGGUGAGUGUCUUGAGAAUGAGACAGACAGAAAGCUUAGAUUAAUAUUGAGUAAAGCGCAGCAUCACCAACAACAACUCAAUCAGCAAAGUGACACCAGUACUGUUCAUGGUAUGAUACCAUCUCCGGUAGCUAGACGAAGAUUAGGACCUAAUCGUACUAGCUCACCGAGACGUCCAAGUUCUUCAUGUAAUUCUAUGCGAUUGAGAUCACCAGAUCGAAUGGUAGCAAGUUGUCAUACUGAUACUAUAAUAUCAUCUUGUCAUGGAACUCUAGCUGAUAACCACGAAUUACUAAUGACUCAAAGUCUUGAUCCAAAUAUGCUGUGCAAUACUUUUAAUAACAAAUCCAAAGAAUCCGGAUUAAAAGAUAUAGAAGAAACUUCAAGUCCUUUACAAGCAGCAACGAAACUAGUACCUGUGCCAGAAUCAUUGAUGAGCCCAGAUUUUCGGCCACCUUCUGGUCUCUCGCGAAUUCUUCCAAAAACUCCACCAUCUCGACUUAACUCACCAAUACAGACAAUUGUACCUGUUAAGAUUAACAACGAAAAUAAUUCAAAAGCCAUUACAACAAGCAAUUUAUCAAAUAUUGUUACUGCUAAAACUAGUGUAGGAGUACUAAAAGCAAAUUCUCUUAUGAAAAGUAAUUCGGCGUCCAACUGUGUAGCAGGAAAAACAAAUAUUGCUAAACCUAUUACGACAAAUACCAAUGGUAAAUGUCCACAGGCUGUUAAAAUAAAUAAUUAUGUGCAAAGUAAAAUAUCAACACCAAAAAAAAGUGCUAGAAAUUCACCAAAUUUGCCUAGAAAUCCACAAAGAAUGAAAGCUACAAAUGACAAAGUAAAAAGUAAUGAUUUACUAAAGGGUAAAUUUACGGGUAAUGAUAAUACAGCAAUAAGUAGCGAUGAAGAUAGCGAAGUUUGUCAAGUGAAAUUAAAUAAUAUUCGACACAGAGCUAUUCAAAGACGCCAGGAGGAUACAAAUAAAGCUGAAGAUCAAGCUGAAAAGGCAGCUGUAUGUAUUCAAAGAAUGUGGCGAGGUUAUCAUACACGUAACUUGAACAAAAAGGCUACAAAUGUUUUAAAAACAAUUGAAAUGAUGAGGACGAAUAAGUACAUACAAAAAUUAUCAACUGACAUGGAGGCAACACGUACUGCUCUUGAAAGUGAACAUAAACUACAAUUACUUCAGAUGCAAGCUAUAAAUGCACUGUGGAAAAAAGUUGUUAGUUUACAACCAGGUGGACGUGAUGCAAAUGAAAUUAAUAGUGCACAGGCAAACACUGAUAUUGUUACAAAUCUUGCGCAGACUUGUAAUUUAUUGCACAGUCAGGUGCAGCAAUUACAAGAUUCAAUGACUGAGAUAAAACGAUGUAUGUCAAAUAUGCAAACAAAAGUUGUGUUAGUUGACAAUGGUGUUGGAACGCAAACAGAAAUAUCGGCAGUGCACACUCCAGCUGGUGAAGAAAAUUCAUUUCCAUAUGGCAAACCACUACUAAUUCGACCCCAAUCAUUGUCUAUACAACCGACAAUACAUGAAAGUGCGGAAAGUAAAUCUUUCGCUACAAAUCUUGUUGACAGUGUUCUUAAAAAAGUAUCUCAAUCAACAGAUACAACGGAUGAUGAAGUUAAUACUGAUAUACUUAAUUCAAACUCGAAUCCAGAAUUAUUAUCAGCUGAUCAUCAGGAAAUGUUUAAAAGCUGUGAAGAAGUUGUUGAGGAUGAAUUCAAAGAAAUGGAUGGUGAGUUGGAAAAAGUUAUUGAGAGUACAGAUAUUUGUGAAGAGACCAUUUGUAAAGAGUUACAUAAUCUUAUUGAAAAUGAGAGUGGUCAAGAAGAAAGUACUGCUGGAAGUGAAAAGGAAAAUUCCUACUAA